AUGCCAACCGAAUUGGUAUUAGAAAUAGUCGACAAAAUACUCGAAGAAUACCCUCUAGGUGGCUAUACGAAAUAUGAAGAGAUUAGAGUUGGAUGGUAUGAAUCACAAGACUACUUGAGCUUCAAAGGUGUCAGAGACGCCAUACACCUUGGCGCCACGUGCAGGAAAAUGCACACAAUCAUUGCCCCCUUUAUCCACGAACAUGACAAGAAAGUCAACUUCUCUUCAGCGCUACUGCUUUCAGUUAAGAAGGGCUCAAUGGAAGGUGUCAUCAGAGCUCUGAGCCAUGAGCAGGACAUCAAUACGGCUGAUCGAACGUUGUUCGACAUUUUCAUCGUGGACAGUGAUGGACAUGAUUACUACAGUGAGUAUUGGAGAAUCCCGAUUUUCUCUACUCUCACGUCUUUGCAUUGGGCCUCUUUCUAUGGAAACGUGGAGCUCGUCACAUAUCUUCUUGCAAACGGCGCGGACGUUCAACAGCGAGCCGACCUCGGAUUUCAACACAGCCUCGAAACAUAUGAAUCUGGCGAUCAUUGGGAGUCCGAGACCCUCCGCUGGAGCCAUUCGCAUCGAGCUAUGAUGACUGCCACAAAAGAGCAAUAUGAUGCAUUUCCGAUAUAUAGCGACCUCGAGAUCCCAAUUGGAGCCAAUGCGCUAUUCUUUGCUUUGAAGGGCAGCCCGAGUCCCAUUCAUCGUAUGAAGUGGGAUGCGUCGACAUUCAAAGAGGAUGACCUUUUAGUCACCGAAGACGAAAGUGGCUAUCGUCUUGCAAUUACGAAACGUCUGACUCGGGCAGGCUCGUCUCUCAUCACCUGCGAUGCGACCAAAUUUCACGCUUUGCACCAAGCUGCAGCUUAUCGUGACAUUGAGGUCGCAACAUAUUUAUUGGAUGAGCUUAACGUGGAUCCAAAUGUUCGAAAUACAGAUAACGAAACGUCACUCCACGUUCUUGCCAGAAAUCGCACACAUGGCCCAUACAACCGCACGUGCGAGAUGGUAGAGCUUCUAGUGGAGAGAGGAGCAGACGCGAACCUGAAAGGUCCGCAUGGCCUUACGCCGGGAGAGAUGGGUCUGUCGAUUCCUGCCGUCUGA